GCGUCCUCUGCGCCUCUGCCCAACGACCAUGCUGUCUUCCUGUCGCGCCGCGCUCGCCUCAUCCGCGCUCAGGCGACCACUCCCAAGAUGCAAUGUCAGUGGGACUUCGCUUCUCGUGCGACAGCUCAAUAGCGAGGCUACGCGUGGUGUUGACUACGGGACAAAAUACAGCGAAAAGCUACAGAAGCGUGCGGAAGAGCAUGGUAAAUCGGUAGAGGAACUCCUGAACGAGCGCAAGGAACAGGAGAAGGAGAGGCGGAAGCAAAGUUUGGCUCUAGAGGCACAGCGACAGCAGCCAAAACUUGCUGGCGCUGCAGGUACUUCGACAUCUGUGUCAUCAUCAUCUGCUGCUCCCUCUCCUGGUCGUAGGGACAGCUCGCCCAUCAAGCCUCUAGACAGCAUCAUCAAGCUUGACAAACUUCUGAAGGGCCCGGUGAAUGCGCAACAUAUUUCGGACCUGUGGAAUGUAUAUCAUUCUUCACGUUCCGGAGGUACGGGUAGAGGCUUCGUCUCCGCCUGCAUACCUGUUGCGAAAUACAACAGGAUGAUCGAUGUCGCCUCAAAAUACUCCAGCUUUGUCGUGCCCAUACGACGACCCAAGCCCGAGACCGAAGUGCCGGCCUCGGACAAGUCCGCGUACGAGUUCUACUUCAUGGAAUGGGGAUUCCACGGGGUGCCACCGGAACCCUUGGCGAAUCCAAACCCUUUCGCUCCUCCGAAGCCCUCGUCCAAUUCGCAGACGAGCACCGUCCUCUUCACACCCUUGCAAGAGUACAAGCUUCGCCAGACCUUUGCCACGCCAUACCUGGUUCUCACGCACUAUACUGACUUGGCCCACUCCCACGGCAUUGUCCUCAUGCGGGGCGAGAUCACGCCUUCUUCCUCCGGCGCAUCUGUGGGUAACGGUGCCGACGACGGGCGUUACAUGCUGGGCCAAGAGGAUGCCCAUAUGCUUGGUCUCUCGGUUCAGAAGUUUUACUUGUGGCCCGGUGGAGGGGACGCGCGAACGAAGCUAUUACAGGCAUUCCACGAGACCCCAGCGGAGUUCAAGUGGGAGGAGCUUUUGGACCACGUAGAUUUUCCUUUGUGACGCACACAAGUAGAGUAUACUUGAGGUCCCUCUCCUCGAAGAUGUAGCAUGACUGCUUGAGCAGGCUGCUCGCAACAGUGAUGGCACAUAAA